UCUUACAAAGCAUGUUUUGAAUUAGUUUUACACUCAAGAGAUGGUUGUUCUUCCAAAACUUCAUUCAUGCAGCCUUAUUGAUUUUGAUUUGAACAAUCCAAGCCACAGUUUUAUUUUAUAUAAGUGGUGCCUCUCACUGUCAAGAAGACUACCUAUCUUUGAAAGAAGUGCUUACCGCAAAGCACUCACUUGGAAGUUGGGCAGAGCCUGGGCACAGCUUGCGCUUGCGAUCGGCCCUGAGGAUGCAAAGUUGAUUCUUUCUGAAUGCGAAAAGCUGGGCAACAUUCCACCCGGGAACUGGGCUUCUUACAUUGAUAAUGUUAACUCGGUCAGGCAGGGUCGGCAGGUCCAAAUGGAAUCUGUCGAUACGUCGUUCAUUACCACCUUCCUGACUAUAUUAGGUGUAAUAAUUAUUUGCCUAGCCAUUUAUUCACUUCUCUGGCGAAUGAAGCCACUGAAGAACACAGAAAUGAAUUAA